GCGUAGAGUUGCGCAUACGCACAUGCGCAAUCAAUACAUAGCAACACGAGACUAGUCACAAAACGAAAACAAAAACGGAGAAAAGUGUGGUUAUGUCGUUUAAAAUAAUAUUUUAGAAACAUUGCCGGUUAUUCAUAAUACCACAAAAUAGAAUACCACAAAUAAAAAUAAUUUAUCUAUUUUGAUUCAUCUUCAUUUGAAUUAAUUUUUAUUUCAGUUAUUAUUGAAUCAUUAAUAAUUAAUGUAACAAACUUCAAUUUUAAGCAAUGGCAGAAGAUUGGUUGGGAUCUAUCAGAAGAGCAGAGAAAACAGGCAUUAUACAGAAUGGAAAACGAAAAGUGCAUUACAAAUUUUCCAAUGGUCAUGAAAUGGCUGAAGAGUACAGUGUGGACACCAACAUUCUCCUGCGAAGGGCAUGGCGCCGAAAAACCGACAUCCGAAAGCCUGGUGAAUGGGAAGUUGAGGUUGGCGAUCCUGAGCACCAGUUUAACAAUGUCGACUCCAUUGGGUUGAAGGAGAGUAGCAAUUGUCCAUAUCUGGUGAAGAGAAUAACAAAAACGAGUCUGGAGUGGCGUAUUCGAAACUUGCCAUAUCCUCCUGAAACCUAUUCAGUUACAGCUGAUUCCAACGAGAGGUGCUUGGUUGUGAGGACAACCAACAAGAAAUACUACAAGAAGAUCCCGGUUCCUGAGCUGGAUAGAGUUGGAAUGGUUCCGGAUCAGAGUCUGGUCGAUUUUAGUCAUAAAUUUAACACGCUCAUCAUAACAUACAAGAAACCUGAAGCCGUCCUGCAAAUGGAGAAGAAGGUCAUCGAAGAACUCAAAAAUGUUAAAGAUUUGAAAGAUGGUGACCUAGAAUGCAAUCCAAGCUAACUUCAAUACAUUCUCGUCUUAGUUAUAACAAUCUGAUGAUUUUUUUACCAGAAACAUAACUAGAUUAUUAUUGUAUUGCACAUUAAAUUAGCCUUCAUUCCUAAAAGCACAUAAAAGAUAUAUAUAUAUAUAUAUAUAUAUAUAUAUAUUAUAUAUAUAUAUAUAUAUUUAGACAUAUUUUUUGAAUUCAUGAAUUAAUAAUUAUUCAUUUACACAUUCUCAUAAUUAUCAUUUUAAAAUCAUGGUGCAAUCAUAACAUGAAUUAUCACAAUUUGUGAAACCUGACCAACUUGGUAUUUCUGCCAAAAAAUGUUUACUCAUAAUUCUAACUAAUGAUUUUUAUGCUGACAAUUAUUUAUUAUCACUUGUGAAGAGUAGGUAUUAUUAUUAUUAUUUAUCACCGACUUUUCAAGAUCAUUAUGAAUUGAAUAGAUGCAAGACUCUAAAAACCAAAAAGGUAUUAGGUCUAUUAGAAAUCUAUGUUAGCAAAACAGCUUCUAUCUCUCGUUAUCGAUUAACAUAAUAUAUUAUCAAAACAAAACUCCAACUUCAUUCAGAAACUACGAGAAGAUAUCCAUCAACAUGUAAUUAGCACAGUUUAUAUAGCAACUAGUUUGAUCAAAUUAUUAUAUUUUAAAUUUAAAUCAAAACUGUUUCAAUUUUAAUGUUACCGUUUAGAUUGAUCAUUUCCACUGAUUACUUCAUUUUCUUUUGUAGCUGGUUUCUAUAAGUUUUCUCAAUAGAUGCUAUUAUAAAACACAUUAUGUUUUUUUUUCUUUCGAUAAAAGAUAAGGUCAAAUACGAUUUACUUGUAGUAUUUACCACCCGACCAAAAGGUGUUCCUGAUUGAUUCCAACCAAUCAUCUGAUUCCUUGCAUCUUCUCAGAAAUUCUAGCGAAUCAUGUAUUGUAAACACUACAAGUUUGAACGGACAGCGCUAAAUUCUGCAAAAUAUCGAACAAUUAUUAUUACUGUCCGUUCAAGUGGGCGAAAACUUCAAUCAAUUUUGUUACCUCCGCUUUGAACUAUGUAUUUGUAGUGUCAUUCCAUUUUCACACAUGUAUGCUGUUAAUGAUUGCACUAAAGAAUAAGAAAAAUAUUACUUUGAUAUAGGCUAAUACCACAGAGUAGAAAAGCACUGUAUGUUUCCGUGCUAAUACCAUAGCCACCUCUAAUACAUUAGAGGUGGCUAUGCUAAUACUCAAUUAAUUUUUCAUCGUUUUAAUAAUUUUAAUAAAUUUGUUGUUUUUUUUAAAUGAGUAAAAGUUGUUUUUAAGAAGUAA